GUCAGCAGAAGCCUCUGCUGCCGCCGCCGCCGCCGCUGCCGCUGCCGCUGUCCCUGUCCCUCCUCUCUUUCUCCCCGGCAGAUCUUUGUUGUGUGGGAGGGCAGCGGGGAUGGACUUGAGCUCGCGGCUCUUCUGCUAGAGCAGCCGCGCUUGGAGAGGACGCCGCCGCCGCGAGCAGCCGCCGCCCCAGGCCCCGCCAGCCGCGGCCUCCGUCCCCACGCCGCGCUCCGCGCGCCUCCCAGCACAGUGCCCUCGCGGCGGCAGAUGAGUGUGGGGUCAGCCCACGGCGGGGACUAUGGUGAAAUUCCCGGCGCUCACGCACUACUGGCCCCUGAUCCGGUUCCUGGUGCCCCUUGGCAUCACCAACAUAGCCAUCGACUUCGGGGAGCAGGCCUUGAACCGGGGCAUUGCUGCAGUCAAGGAAGAUGCAGUAGAGAUGCUGGCCAGCUAUGGGCUGGCGUAUUCUCUGAUGAAGUUCUUCACGGGACCCAUGAGUGACUUCAAGAAUGUGGGCCUGGUGUUUGUGAACAGCAAGAGAGACAGGGCCAAAGCUGUCCUAUGCAUGGUGGUGGCUGGUGCCAUUGCUGCUGUCUUCCACACCCUGAUAGCCUACAGUGACUUAGGGUACUACAUCAUCAACAAGCUACAUCAUGUGGACGAGUCUGUGGGGAGCAAAACACGAAGGGCCUUCCUGUAUCUCGCUGCCUUCCCUUUUAUGGAUGCCAUGGCGUGGACUCAUGCUGGCAUUCUCUUAAAACACAAAUACAGUUUCCUGGUGGGAUGUGCCUCAAUCUCCGAUGUCAUAGCUCAGGUUGUGUUCGUAGCCAUUUUACUUCACAGUCACCUGGAAUGCCGAGAGCCGCUGCUCAUCCCCAUCCUGUCUCUGUACAUGGGUGCACUUGUGCGCUGUACCACGCUGUGCCUGGGCUACUACAGGAACAUCCACGACAUCAUCCCUGACAGGAGCGGCCCAGAGCUGGGGGGCGACGCAACCAUAAGAAAGAUGCUGAGCUUCUGGUGGCCUCUGGCUCUGAUUCUGGCCACGCAGCGCAUCAGCCGGCCCAUUGUCAACCUCUUUGUGUCCCGGGAUCUUGGUGGCAGCUCUGCUGCUACAGAGGCAGUGGCCAUUCUGACAGCUACCUACCCCGUGGGUCACAUGCCAUAUGGCUGGUUGACAGAAAUCCGUGCUGUCUACCCUGCUUUUGACAAGAAUAACCCCAGCAAUAAACUGGCCAACACGAACAACACGGUCACCUCGGCCCACAUCAAGAAGUUCACCUUCGUCUGCAUGGCACUGUCACUGACGCUCUGUUUUGUAAUGUUCUGGACCCCCAACGUCUCUGAGAAGAUUUUGAUAGACAUCAUUGGAGUGGACUUCGCCUUUGCAGAACUCUGCGUCAUUCCUCUGCGUAUCUUCUCCUUCUUCCCAGUGCCAGUGACUGUGAGAGCUCAUCUCACUGGAUGGUUGAUGACACUUAAGAAAACCUUUGUCCUGGCGCCCAGCUCCGUGCUGCGGAUCAUCGUCCUCAUCACCAGCCUUGUGGUCCUGCCUUACCUGGGGGUGCAUGGAGCCACACUAGGUGUGGGCUCCCUUCUAGCAGGGUUUGUGGGAGAGUCUACCAUGGUUGCCCUCGCAGCAUGCUAUGUGUAUCGAAAGCAGAAAAAGAAGAUGGAGAAUGAGUCAGCCACCGAGGGGGAAGACUCAGCCAUGACCGACAUGCCUCCAACAGAGGAGGUGACAGACAUCGUAGAGAUGAGAGAGGAAAAUGAGUAAGCACGGGCCACCAGGGGCACUACAGGGACAGUCAGGACAACAGUCGUCUCUUCCCUCCUCCUCCCACAAGUUGUUUUCUGUUGUUUAAUUUUUAUUCUUGGUUAUGAAAGAGGCCUUGAUUUAGAGGUUUCGUAUAAAUUCUCUAGCAUACUGGGUAUGCUCACCGAUGCAGGGACCUGAAGAAAGGUCUUUACUGUCGCUUUGUAACUCAGAACUGCUGACUUCAUGCCCCUGCCUCACAAAACCCAAAAGAUAGAGCUGCCUCUUGGCCGACGUUUCUACCCCUUGGACAAUCUCCACUUUGGAACCAAAGGACUUGGGCUGUGCCGCUGCCUCUUGGGCCAGACUCUUUUCCGUUCGUGUUUGUCUCCUAAGAAUCAACAGGUUGAAGCUCAGCCUCUCUUGACUUGCUCCCCAAUAAUGUUGCUCUAAGACACGUGACCCGGUGGCCAUCGCACCCCUUUUCACUCUAGAGUCAAGAACUGUCUGCAGCGCACACCGGUGGGCCCCAGGCUGCGGCCCACAGUCUCCCUGCUCCCAGAGGAAGAGCUGGUAGCCAUGUUGGGCCAACAUAAUGGAAAUUUAAUCUCCUGUAGAAAUUGGAUCAGUCACAAACUGACUUGAUCGCCAGCAUCUCGUUGUUUUCCUGGUUUCGCUGAGUUGCCACGCCCCACAGUGUAUAUACAUGAGCUGACUUUUCCGUUGUCAUGGGAGUGCAGCUCCAAUGUCAGCAUCCUUCCUUCCGCAUGAGUUUCCCUGAAGGCUUGCUUUUACUCGCCUUCCCUGAAGAUGGCACUAGAGCGAGAAGUGGAGCGUUCUAACUGUCCAUUUCUCUAACUGUCCAUUUCCGUUUUUACAGUGAGCAGAGCUUUAAGUCGUAAUCUAGCAUUCUAAUGCCAGGUUCUUGUCUCGUAACUUCUGAUGUAGACGUGUUACCUGCUUCUGCCGUUCAUUCAUAGCUCUGCAGGACAGGUAACAAUAUGGUACUCCCCUCCACACCAUAAAGCAAGACAUUUUAUAAACAAGUAUCAAAGUCACUAUGUGAUACCCCAGAAAUAAUGCAUUGGAAAUCCACUUAGUGCAGUAUAUUUUUCUAAGUUUUGGAAAGCGGGUUUUUUCCUUUAAAAAAAUUAUGGAUACAGUUCACUAAAUUCCUGAUUUAGUCAAAGUAACUAGACUGAAAGAACCUAAACAAAACAAAUAUUUUAAAGAUAUAAAUAUAUGCUGUAUAUGUUAUGUAAUUUAUUUUAGGCUAUAAUACAUUUCCUAUUUUCGCAUUUUCAAUAAAAUGUCUCUAAUACAAUUCAGUGAUUGCCUCCGUGCUCCACAUACCUACAGCUUACUUGUGUGUACCAGUGACCGCUGUAUGUUACAGCUGUUUUACACGUCCUUUGUGUAUGAAUGUAAGGGCCUACAGAUGCCAAGAAAUCAAGUUUUCAUGAUGGGCAACCUCGGGAGAAAACGGACCCACCAGUGCAGACAGGCAAAGGCAGGAAGGGCAGAGGAAGGGCAGAAGGCAGACCUCGAAUGCUUAUUACUUCGGUGCCGUGUGACCCUCAGGUUAAGACUGUCAGGGCAGAGGCUGCCUGUCAGCUACACAGGCUUGCAUUCCCAUUUCUAGAUACCCAAUGCCCUUCACAUGUGCCCACCAUGGGAACAGGUCCUGUGUGCUUCCACAGAUGCUUGUGGGUGACUUCAGGGGCAGAGCUGAAAGAUAACUGAAAGUCUUAAUUGUAUUGGCUUUUUAAAGUACAUGACUAGAAAAUUAAACAGCAAUAUUUUUUAAAAA